UGCACAACUGGCAGUUCUUUUCUUUUUUUCUUUUUUCUUUCACAUCCCUUUCUCAUACUGAAAAAUAGUUGUAUUUUAUGCAAUUUAAGGAAAGCAAAAUAUGGUAUUUGGUUCCUGAAAUGAAUUGGAACUCCAGUUUAUCACAAAUGGGCAACAAUUCUCAAGAGGAUGCUUUGCUGAACUAUAUCAACAGUACGGAAGACUAUUUAGCUCUGUUAUGUGGGCCAAAGCGAAGUCAUUUAUCCUUACCUAUGAGUUUAAUAUAUGCUGUCAUAUUUGUGGUUGGUGUUACUGGUAACCUGUUGGUCUGCAUUGUUAUUGUGAAACACAGAAAUAUGAAAACUCCAACCAAUUAUUACCUUUUCAGUCUGGCAAUAUCUGACCUCCUGGUCCUGAUUUUUGGCAUGCCUCUGGAAAUCUAUGAAAUGUGGAAUCACUACCCUUUUCUGUUUGGAGCUGUGGGAUGCUACUUCAAGACUGCUCUCUUUGAAACUGUAUGUUUUGCCUCUAUUUUGAAUGUGACCAUAGUCAGUAUAGAGAGGUAUGUGGCUAUUGUACAUCCAUUCAGGGCCAAGUCAGACAGCACAAGGAAGCGAGCCCUGAGAAUUAUAAUAGUUCUGUGGAUUUUCUCCAUUCUGUUUUCUGUUCCCAAUACCAGCAUUCAUGGGAUACAGCUGCAGGACUUCCCCAAUGGCACCAUAAUUGCUGAUUCUGCGACAUGUACUGUGGUAACCCCCAUGUGGAUUUACAACUUUAUUAUUCAGAUAACUUCUUUUCUGUUCUACGUACUACCCAUGGGGCUCAUUAGUAUUCUCUACUACCUGAUGGGGGUAAAACACCAGAGGAGAUUGAAGAAAAUUAUAUUGCCUACCAGAGGAGGCAGGUCAGGUUCUGAAGGCAGUGAUCCCGAUACAGAAUUUCAGGGAGAUACUCCACAGCCACUUGAGUAUUAA